ACCUGAAAGCCUCAUAUGCCACAGCAGGUUUCGCGGAGGGGGAAGAGAGAAUCCUCAUUUGAGCUUUGUCUGUAACAACAUCCCUAUCUUAAGGACACAUUUCGCUAAAUACCACGCGAGGCGGUUGAAUCAAUAACGUUAGUUUCUGUAGCCUGUUAUAUAUUAUAAACCCGUAACGUAAUACCGAGGUGAUAGGCUACCUCUUGAAAAUGCUUCAGUCUCUAGCCAGCAAUUCGUGUGUGCGGUUGAUACAAAGUCACAAAUCGACGUGGUAUUUUGUAUCUCUAGUCUUGGGGUAUAUCCUUUAUCUCAUAUUCGGCGCCGUUGUCUUUUCUUCGGUUGAGCUGCCUUAUGAAGACCUCUUGCGCCAGGAGCUGAGGGCCAUUAAAAAACAGUUCCUCCAGGAAAAUGAAUGUCUAUCCGAGGAGCGUCUCGAGCGUUUUCUAAAGAAAGCCCUGGAUGCCAGUAAUUAUGGGGUUUCCAUCCUCAAUAACGCCUCGGCUAACUGGAACUGGGACUUCACCUCUGCGCUGUUUUUUGCGAGCACCGUGCUGUCCACCACAGGAUAUGGUCACACAGCACCACUGUCCGAUGGCGGGAAGGCCUUCUGCAUUAUCUAUUCAAUGAUUGGUAUCCCCUUUACCCUCCUCUUCCUCACUGCUGUGGUGCAAAGGAUCAUGGUGUUCAGCACGCGGAGGCCGGUUAUGUACAUCCACAGGCGUUGGGGCCUGUCCAAACCACUGGUGGCUAUUGUACAUGCCACUCUGCUCGCCACUUUGGCCGUCUCUUGCUUCUUCCUCAUCCCCGCUGCCAUCUUCUCUGCGCUGGAGGAGAACUGGAACUUCCUGGAGUCCUUCUACUUCUGCUUCAUUUCCCUCAGCACCAUUGGUCUGGGUGACUACGUACCUGGAGAGGCCACUAAUCAGAGGUUCAGGGAGCUUUACAAACUGGGGAUCACUGUCUACCUGAUCCUGGGUCUGAUAGUCAUGCUGGUGGUGCUGGAGACCUUCUGCGAGCUGCAGCAACUGAAGCAGCUGAGGAAAAUGUUCUACCUGAAGAAGGAGAAGCCGCAGGACCGCCUGGCCAUCAUGGAACACGACCACCUGUCCUUCACUACUGUGUCCAACAGGGCCACAGCUUACACUGAGGGCAAAACCCCGACAUUUGUUAGUGUCCCAACUCUGGCGUCCCCCAAUGACGAUCCCAUGAUCCAGUAAACAUCGACGCAGCAAACGCCUAUUGCAGGAUGAAAAUGAGAAAGUAGUGGGAAUGCACGCCAGACUGUAAGUAGACAGAGCGAGUAGAUUAGGUCUUAGCUGUAGGCAUUCUGCAAAGCUCAGCCCUGCACAUCUUACUUGUAAAACUAGUUGAAACUAAUCAGAUCAAGCAAACAAUAGUCUUCAUCAAACCACAAAACUGACAAUAUAGUGCUAUGCAGGAGAGAUUAAAUGUAUGCACAUUGUUCAGGGAGAAAAUGAAUAUAUUAACAAUGAGUAUAAAGAUAUAGCCAGCGAUAAAAGAAAAGCCUUCGGGUGUAUUUAUGACUCAUACGCUCCUUUUAUGAGUUGGGAUAUUUAUUGCAUAUUUAGGAACAUUUUAGAAAAUAAUUGACCUCUUAAAUCUAGCUGAAAGAUGGGGCAAAGCUCUAUAGUCUUUCACAAAAUAUUACAUCAACAUGUACGUAUCUUAUAAAUAGAGAUGCUUGAUGUGUAUGUGGAAUGUACAUAAUCGGAUAAAUGUUUUAAGAUGUACAGUAUAGCUUAAAUUAACACACCUGAUAAAGAUGAGCCAAAGUGUAGCCAACACAUGUAAUUAACUAUCAUUUGAGAUCAGUUUUUCUUACAUUAUUUCUUUUUCAGAUAGAGCUUUGACAGGAAAAUGUGGUCAAUGUACCAUGCCAUGACAAGUGUUCUGUUACUGCAGUCAGGGAACUUUUUUUUUUUGUGGGGGGUGUUUAGGGGCCCUACAGUGGGUCAACUGACAGAGAACUGGCAGUUGAUCGUGAACAAAGAAUCUGAAAAAGAAUUGACAAAACAUUUUUCUGAAUAAGUGGUCUGAGCUCAGAAAAAAAAAUCCUGAAAGUAUGAUGGUUUUGAAUAUGAAAUGUGCACACAAACAGGUUCUGUACAAAAACAUUAAGAAAGAUAAGAUAGACUUUAUUGAUCCUACACUGGGGAAAUUCCUGUGCUAAAGCAGCUUAAAAGAAAAAAUGUACACACAUCAGAAGAACACAAAUACACAAAAAAAAAGAAUACCAAAAGUAUGAUAAGAAAUGGAACAAAAACCAAACUAUUUACUCUGCAUAUAAGAACAUACUUUUACAGUUUGUUUUGCAGCAUUUUUGGCUCAUCUUUAUGGAGACGUCACGUCAUCACAUUUCAUUGUGAGGGAUAGUAUUUGAUGUGUGUGUUUUCUCUACAUGUUGCAGUGCUAUUUCAACAUCCAUGUGUGAUGAUAAGUAGCACUAUCAUUUAUUGAUUUGUCCGGCUUAAUGUGUGCUGGACUGAAAAGGAAAGUAGAGGUUAGCCUAGCUUAAAAAAAGGGACCCACAGAGUGCUGACCGGCCCGUUGCAUUUCACUGUCACUAAAGAGAGCUCAGUUUGCACGUGUACUGGAGCCAGGCAGUAGUACAGGGAAAAAACAUAAAUGGAUAUGAUUCCAAAGAUUUUAUUGGUGAAAAGGAAACGAUUUUUAAAUGGAAAAAUAAUGGUACAUUUGAUAACCUUAACCUCAUCUUAAAAAAAGAUGCAAGAUGUUGAAUGAAACUUUUUGACUGUAUUUUUACAUCAUUUGAAUGUAGAAAUGUAUAUUUUUUGGUAUGAGAAAGAUUUUAAACACUUUUAUUAGUAAUUAAUGAAGGUAAUUCUCUACUAGAAAUGGUGCAUUAGGGAAACUUGAAACGAUAAGUUCAUGCAGCAGUGCAGCUAAAACAUUCCAGUUCGGAUUAUCUACAUUGGAUCUGCUCAUUAAUCAAGAAUAACUUUCCAAAAAUGUGCAAACUACACUUGUAAGUUUGUAUGACAUUUGACUGUGUUAAUCUGAAGGAAAAAUGGUGUGACAGAUGUACUUAAUUUCAUCCCCUUAACCGUCUUGCAAUAUUCCGUUUGGUGAAUGUUAGACACCCACACGUCCAGAGUAGCAUCCUGCUGCAAUGCAGACUUGUUUGUCAUGGAUCCUAUUUUAGUACAUUUAAUAGAAAGACAUGCAUUUGUCAUACAUUUUAACUAAAUUUCAGGUUCAGUAUGGAGCUGAAAUUCGAACCUCAUCCUUCUCUGCUACAUCGCCACACCAAGCCUUUUACGAGGUCUUGAAUGUAACGUUUUUUAUGCCUUCUGCUACAGCCAGAUUUAAGGGCUGAACAGAGUGCAGCAUUACGCCUAGCUGCUCAGCUGGCUCUGUCAGUUUAGUGAUGACAAGUUGAUUUGAAAUCAGUGUUUCCAUGACUGCUAGCAAAAUAUGCUAGCCCGGGGGAAAAAAACUGACAAACUUGGAGAUUUGGUCUCCAAGUCAGUUCAAAUUUUACAGUAAAUGGUCUGGCCAUGAGCCCAUUCAAGCCCAUUUCCAAUUUUUCCAAAUGGAGGCAAAAAUCACAACCGCUGAGGCGGGCUUUAUACUGAAGCUUUUAGUUUACCUUCAACAUGAAGGCCACAGAAGCACAGCAACUCGUUGAUGCCGCUGUUGCUGCUACCUCACCCGGAUCGUUGGUCUGAUUGGUUGAAGGACUAUCCAAUUGCGCCCCCAGAGGCAUUUGAGCGGCAUCCUUUGAAACAGGCCUUGAAUGAAGCUUGCCCAGACCCACUCAGUUACAACUGAGAAGGGUCUGGUGUCAACCAGGCAAAAAUACGCUUUAAACUGUGUCAUCAUCUGAGUUACUCAUUGAUCUUUGUGUUUUUUAGAUCAGUGGGAUUGUAGUUUUUUUUUCACCAGUCUGGGCCUUUGUGUAAACUGUGACGCAUUGCAACUGUUCAUUUCCUCUGCUGGGAAAAAUAGGUGAACUUGAAUUUUAGCCAAGAUAAGGUUGCUAUUUUAAUGUAAGAUGUUUCAUUGUUUUGUAGAUACAUUGAAAUAGAUCGAUGUCAAGGCUUUUACCGUUUUACCCACCCCAGCAUUACUGUUUUCGACAGUGUUUGUCAUGCACAAACAGUUUGUCUUGAGGGUGAGAGCUGUCAGGUAAAGUAGUUCUGUUCAGGGAGAAAAUGUUGUCAAGGAUUAAAAAUGUAAGCACACGGACAUUAUUUAUUUAUGCUGACAAAAGUAACUCAUUUAAGCGAUUUGAAAUCACAGGUUUCUGUACAUAUCUCUUCAGUUGUUUUAGUGAAUACUGUAGAUCAUUAUGCUAUGAUGAGUAUUUUAGUGUUACAAUACCAAUUUUGUAAUAAAGGAUUGUCAGGGAGCACCUAGGUUUUCUGUCAAAUUCAUUUUGGCAUAAAACGGGAAUCCAUAAACUGUAAAAAUCAGUGUGUCUUAAAUAAAGUGUUGGUUUAUUAUUA